AUGGAUACCUGGAGCCCCCUUCGUCAUGAGAGAGAGUUUGCUCUGAAAUUAAGAUGUGAGACCAUUACUGAGACCACCAGGCUGAUACACAGCGGCAGUGAUCCUAGAGAUGUGGGCAACAAAUUGAAGCACAUAGGCCAUAAAGAGCAGUACCCUCCAGAUAUAUCUGUAAGCUAUCAUCCUGUGCCACAGAUUCAGGCUGAUGGUAACCCACUAACCACACAUUGUUGUGCUGGACAGUUGGCAGCUCUGAUAGACAUAGCAAUCCGAAGCAAAAGGCCCAAAAGGGACGGGCGUCUCCAGGAGAGGGACCAGAUCCUGGUGAUUAACGGCAGUCCUCUGGAGCCGGGGAUCAGUCACCAGCAGGCCCUCGCCCUCCUGCAGCAGCCUGGAGAGACGGUGGAGCUGGUGGUGGCCAGGGACCGCCCACUCAACGCAGCAUCAUCACAACCAUCUGCUUUCCAUACGGAUGGGCGUCUCCGCACAGGUGACCACAUACUGUGCAUCGGGGCGACGCCCACUAGCGGCCUCACAAGCGACCAGGUCGUCAACGUGCUGCAGGGCUGUGGGAGUCAUGUGACGUUGCUCAUCUCCAGGGAUCCACAGGGUCAAAAGUCAACAGCCCCGCCUCCUCCACCCCCUCCUGCCUCGGCCCCGGUCUCCUCCUUACCCCCACGCCCCCCUGGCAUACCCCCCCAACGCCGGCUCAGCAAGACGCCUAACCUGGAGGGGUAUGAAAUCCAUGAGGUUCCCCUAACCAAGAAUGACGGCCAAAGCCUUGGAAUCUCCAUCAUCGGCUACAACACCCUGACCAGCCAAG